CAACUCACCACACAGCCACUUCCCCCCCCCCCCCCCCCUGCCCGCAUCACGAUAGUAAGCAUGCCCCUCCAAAUGUCCCAAGCCACCGUCGACGACGCCCCCGCCCUCGCCGCCAUCCUCAUCGCCGACUUCCUCGACCCGGACCCCUGGACGCGUCUCUGCUACGGCGGCAUCGACCCGUCCGCCCGCCUUGCGCACUUCACCGCGGGCCUGCGCGAGGACCUCGGCAACCCCGAGUACCCCCUCGUCGUGCAAAAGAUGCUCGACACCGACACGGGCGAGGUCGUCGCCUUUGCCCAGCUCAACGACGCAAACGUCCCCGCCCUCGAGGACCGCCCGCCCGUCGAGCCCAUCACCAAGCCCUCGGGGUACAACGUCCCGCCCAUCCGCGACUAUUUCGCCCAGAUGUCGGCGGCCAAGGAUCGCGCCAUGGGCGAUGCGCCGUACCUGUACCUCGCCGACGUGUCCACCAAAAAGGCAUACCGGCGUCGUGGCAUAGGCAAGGCGCUGAUGCGAUGGGCCAUGGAGCAGGCGGCCCGGCGACAGCUGCCCAUCUACACCUCGGCGACGCCGGAGGGGCAGUUGUUGUACCAGCAUCUCGGGUGGGAGACUCUCGAGACGUGGUCCAUCGACAUGGGCAAGUAUGGGGGCGAGGGUACCUACACGGAAAAGGGCAUGACUUGGCCGCCCAAGUCGCGGAAUUGAGGCACACAGCUAGUAGUGUUGAACCAUGUCGAACGAGAGACGUCGUUCACGCAAGACGGGACAGGACACACCGCGUCCAGUUCAAAUCCGAUGGGUAUACAUACUACUUGCAAGCUCGUCUUGG